UACGCUAAGUGCACGUUUCCAUAGAGACGCAGCAAUCGGUGGCAAGUGCUCCUCAAAAUGCUAACGUUAACUGGAUGAAAAAGCUUUUUUAAGUCCCAAAACAAGGACCCGCUGUAGAGAUGUCUCAGCUGUCAGCUGAAGAUGAGGUGGAGUUGCAGUCGCUGCUCAAGCAGCUUUUGAGAAGCAUUAACGACAGAAUCUCUGGUGCUCCAUCGACCGAAUGUGCUGAAGAGAUCCUUCUUCACCUGGAGGAGACUGACAAGAACUUCCACAAUUAUGAAUUUGUCAAGUACCUCCGUCAGUACGUGGAGAGUUCAUUGGGGACUGUAGUGGAAGAAGAGACAAAGAACUUGACCAGAGGAGAUGCACAGCAUGCAAUAAGCCCAGGUCACGACACCUUGAUCCACGCUGUCACCCGAAGGACCAGAGACUCGGCUGAGUACCAGCAGAUGAUGCAGACAUUGAAAAACACCAUGAUCAUGGUGGUGGAGUCUUCAAUCAAUAAAUUUGAGGAGGACCAGAUGAGAAAAGAGGAGAUGCACAGAAAGAAGCAGCACAGUCAGUCCAACAGCCAGUACAUUGACAACUGCUCGGACAGUGACUCCUCCUUCAACCAGAGUUAUGCAUUCAUCAGACAAGAGCAGCUGCAAGCUUUGGCUGAAAAACUUGACUCCAGCAGACCCAAAGAGGUGCGUUGGGAGGCUCUUCAGGCCCUCUGCUGUGCCCCUCCGUCUGAUGUGUUGAACUGUGAGAGCUGGAGCGGCCUACGCAGGAACCUCUGUGCUGCUCUGAACGAUCCUGACCUCACCGAUAACGUACUGCAGUUCUUUGCUAAAAGCUUCUCCUCCUCUCCACUGAAUGUGACACGAGAGAUCUACACCAGCUUGGCUAAAAGUGUGGAGUCAAGCUUUCUGUCUCACAAGCUAAGCUUUCCAAGUAGCUCAGCUACCAUCGACAUAAACAGACCUGAAAUCAGUCGUCUUCUCAAACAGAUUCGAUUGAUGAAUGACUUUCAAAAGGAGGUGACAACCUUUUGGAUUCGUCAUCCUGAGAAAUACAUGGAGGAAGUUAUUGAGAGCACGUUCUCCCUGUUGUCCUUCCAUCAUGAACAUGGAUCAGCCUCACCAGGGACAGAGAAAGCUCUGGAAUCCAUUCACCUACUGGCCUUACUGGAUAUUAAAGCUACCUGGUUUAAAAAGUGGAUGCAUGGAUACUACAGUAGGACUGUGGUUCUGAGACUCUUGGAGAGAAAAUACAAGUCUCUGAUUGUAGCAGCCCUUCAGCAGUGUAUACAUUACAGUGAAUCAUGUGAACGUUUUGCAAAUGAGACUACUGAUCCCCAGUCAGCGGAGCCGCAGACCACUGGUUCAGCCCAAAGGAGUGUCUAUACAGGAAAAGAGCUUGAAUAUGCUUUCUUUGUGCAUUCGCUGUGUGUCCUGGGGAAACUCCUCAUCUACACCAAUGGGAGAAAGCUCUUUCCUAUCAAAGUGAGGAAACGCAAAGAUCCCGUUUACCUGACAGACCUGGUUGUCAUCCUGAUUAACAUCAUGUACCAACACCCCACACCUCUGCACUGUGACACCUCACACACAGACUCCCUGUCGCCCAGCAGUCUAUCGAUGGAGGUGCUAUGGAUGCUGUGUGAGAGGACAGAGUGUGCUGCAGUGUGUCUCCACCAGCCCCCUGUAAUAGAGAAACUACUGGCUCCUGUUAUAGCUCUGCUCAAUGGACAGCAGGCCAAAUUAAAAUCUCCUGAAGCAACACUGACUCUCAUCGCUGAUGUUCUGGCUCGGAUCGCAAACACUGACAGAGGAUUAGCUCUCUUCUUAUACGAGAAGAAUCUGGUUGUAGGCCACAGUGAGAGAACCUUUGCUGCUCAUGUCGUUGUGCAGUUCACCCUCAGGCUGCUGGAUAAGGACCUGUCAUCACUAAGUGAAUCCAACACAUCCCAUACAUUAUGUGGAGCCUUUAUCUUUGUUUGUAGACAGAUAUACAACACCUGUGAGGGUUUACAGGUCCUCCGACCCUAUGGCCUGCACAAGGCUGUAGCUGCUGCAUGGAAAAAGACCAGUUCCUUGUCAGAAAGGGUUCCGACCCCGGUACCUGGAGCCACUGCUAGGACAUCCACACAGGAGCUGCAAAACAUGCUCAUCUGGGAGGAGACAUUGUUGGACAGCUUGCUGAACUUUGCUGCAACUCCUAAAGGCCUGCUGCUGCUCCAGCAGACAGGAGCCAUGAAGGAUAGUGUCUCCUACAUGUUCUCUCGCUUUACUAAAAAACUACAGGUAAGCCGCUGUGAGAAGUUUGGAUACGGUGUGAUGGUGACACAGGUGGCAGCAACUGCUCCAGGGGUGGUGGCUUUGCACAGAUCAGGAUUUGUCCGGGCACUGGUGAUAGAGCUGUGGUCUGUUCUUGAGUGCGGCAGCGAAGAUAUCAAGGUGGUCCGUCCCAAGCCUACACCCAUGGACCCCAUAGACAGGAGCUGCCUCAAGUCCUUCCUGUCCUUGGUCAACCUGCUCUCCUCUUCCCAGUCAGUGUGGGAGUUGCUGGGCCGACAACCUCUAGCCAACAAGAGUGAAUACACCCUGAGAGAAAUGCCCACCUCCAUUGCUGAUUUGAUUGACAGGCUGAUUGCUGUGAAUUCAGAUGCGAAGAUUAAUUCCCUGUUUCACUAUGAACAGUCUCACACAUUCGGCCUGAGACUGCUCAGUGUGCUUUGCUGUAAUCUGGACUCCUUUCUGCUGCUGGAGAGCCAGUACGACAUCUGCUCCAUGCUGCUGCAGAGUCAGAGAGAAAACGUGACUGAAGUGGACACCAAUGAUGGGGAGUUCAUCAUUGACAGUCUGUCAGUGGAGAGGAAUCACGUGCUGGUUCGUGUUAGUGUGGUGGGAGGUCCGUCUGAGAGGAAGCUUCCUCCUCGAGCACUGCAGGAGGGAGAAGAUCCUUACCCCUGGCCCAUGUUUUCAAGCUACCCUCUACCUCACUGCUACACUUUAGACCCACCUAAGAUCCACCAUAGCUCACAGGACUCUGAGAUCAGUGCAUUUCUGGCAUCUAAAGACUCAAAGAAUGAGGAGAGCUGGAUGGAGAUCUGCCGGAGACUGUACUGCAAAGUUAUGACCUCCAAAGCCAACGUUUUAACUGGAAAGGUGCUGGCUGACCUUCUGGAGAAGGUUGUGGCCCAUCUAUCUAACUCUGCCACAGAGUGCUUCUUCUCUCCUGCUCAGUACAAAGUAGAGGAGAUAAGUCUGAAGAGUGCAGUACUAUCAUCUGUGGAGCAGCUGGGAAUCAACACCUGUCUCUGGUACGGCAGCUACCUCAAGCUACUGAAAGAAGAUGCUGUCAAUGACCUGACACUGCUAAUGAAGCACAUUAAGAUCUUCUUGUUCACACAGAGAGUUAAAACUGCUUCAGAGCUCAUCACUCAGCAGGAUGGUUAUCCAGGCCACGACUGGCUGGCCUCCACAGUGUUCCUCAUCAUGGCUGGAGAUAUGGACCGGUCUCUAAGUUUCUUACUCAACCUGUCCUCUCUGCUUACCUCUGCAUUCAUCUGGCCAGCAAGGAUACAUGCCUCUAUCCAUGUUCCUGUGCAAGUAGCUGAAUCGGGAGUUCCUCCUGUUUACUGGUGUACAGCUCACUAUGUGGAGAUGCUGCUGAGAGCUAAAGUUCCUCUGGUCCACUCCGCCUUCAGGAUGUCUGGUUUCACCCCAUCCCAGAUGUGCCUCCAUUGGCUGACGCAGUGUUUCCUGAACUACUUGGACUGGACAGAAAUCUGCCACUACAUCUCCACCUGUGUGGUGAUGGGACCCGACUACCAGGUUUACAUGUGUGUGGCUAUAUUCAAACAUCUGCAGCCAGACAUCCUGCAGCGUACACAGUCCCAGGAGCUGCAGGUCUUCCUGAAGGAGGAGCCAAUCGCGGGCUUCAAGGUCAGUAACUACCUGGAGUUCAUGGAGGGACUGGAGCGCAGCUACAGAAACAUUGUUCUCUCCGACAUGAAAAGCAUCACUAACCCUGUCAAGUAAGAACAUGUUGAAACUUUCUGUGUUAAACAACUUCUUUAAGUUUUAAUCUGCCUCAUCACAGCUUGGCUAAGAUUCAGUACAUACCUGAAUACAUCUCCUUGUGGCAACACUUGUCUCAACCACUUCCCACCAUAGCAUUUCUCCCACAAGCCUCCGCUGUGCACUGUGACACACUGAACACCAUGUUUUCAUGUUGAUCAAGCCGCUUAGUGAGUCAAACUCGACAGAUGGGGAUGUAUCAAGGAUGAGAGCCUUGCCAUCAGAAUAAAGAUGCUCCAAUUCAUGACGAUGUUGAUGGAAAACCGAAUUUAGGGCACAGUUCUACAAAAUUGUUCUCUGAAAUGACAUACAAUUGCCUUCAAAGCAACAUCCUUGUCUAAAACAUGUCUUAUUGUCAUUAUAUCAUAACAAUACUACAAAAGUCCUACAAAGAGAUUUGAACCUCAUGUUUGUUCCAUAAAAUUAAAGGAUUAAAGGAUGGUGAUAUUCUAUAUUAUUACAUAUUAUUAAGUAUUUCCUUUAUAUCUGAGGCCUGAGACAUCCUGUUCCUCUGUGCCAUAGAGCUCCAUUGUAGUCCAAAAGCUAUUAUUACCAUGAACACACACACUGUAGUUAAUUUAAGUCGAACCCACAUACACCGUACUGCUGCUGCAAAUACUCAGAUACGAAAUGUGUCCUGCUCUCAAAUACAGUUUACUCCAGUUUGAGUAACAUUUUCUAAAAAAAUUUAGUGCCCAGCUAUUUAUGCUAAUUACUGAAUAUUUUUUUUAUGAAAUGAAACCUUAUAGUCUUGAAGCUUUUUCAAAGAUUCAUGUCCUUGAUAGUAACAAAUGGGCUUGUGGCUGAGGGAUGAGGCUUUGGAAAAUGUUGAGGACGACAACUUACACAUUUUUGGGAUUUGCUGAUGAACAGACAAAUACAGAAUACCGCCAUACUUUUCCUGCAUGUUCUACAUUACUGUGCAUGAUGUAAAUACUGUAUGUGAUGUUCAUAAACAGCUUUGAAAGUCUAAUAAUCAAAUGUUUUAUUUCUGUAUUUAUGUUUACCCUCAUGUAAAUAUCUAAGAUCUUUUGUAUGCAUUCAACAAGAUGUUCUUGUUCUUAGUACUGAAAGAAGCACAGAGUUGCAACUGAAUGGAUUUUGAUGCAGUGUGAAACAAAAGACUGUGUUGCACUUUCUGUGAUAAUAAAGCAUUUAUCCAGAUAAAUUAA